AUGCGUGCGUCUAAUUUCCUCGUCAGCGCGCUCGCCGCCGCCGGUCUGGCCUCGGCAUCCUGCAAGCCGUCCAACUGCGAAGCCACGAACGGCGUCGCGUUUGGGUGCCCGACCGUCGACAAGGCCUACGUCCGCGAUGCGUUCUUCCUCGGCGGGCGCACGGUGGCGCUGUCGGACGGCAACUACACGGUCGACCAGCUGUUCGUCGAGAAGCUGACGCCGGUCAAGGGCGUCACGCAGCCCAAGCCGCUCGUCUUCCUCCACGGCGGCGGCAUCUCGGGGGCGACGUGGCUCAACACGCCCGACGGGCGGCAGGGGUGGGCGUCGUACUUUGUGGACCAGGGGUUCCAGGUGUAUCUCGUCGACAUUGUGGCCGUCGGGCGGUCGGCCAACGCCGACACGACGACGUUCCCCAUGACGCCGGGCACGAGCAUCGAGAUUCUCGAGCAGGGCUUCACGGCGGUCGAGCGGUUCAACACGUACCCGCAGUCGCAGCUGCACACGCAGUGGCCGGGCACGGGGGUCGACGGCGACGCCGUGUUCGACCAGUUCAAGCAGGGCUUCCUGCCGCUGCCGUCGAACGCGACGGCGCAGGAGCUGGCGUUCCGCGCGUCGGGCUGCCGGUUCCUCGCGCUCGUCGGGCGGCCGGCGUACCUCGUCAGCCACAGCAUGGGCAGCACGGCGGCGCUGCUGCUCACGAACGACUGCCCGGAGCGCGUCGCGGCGUCGAUCAACCUCGAGCCCUUCACGGUGCCCUUCUUCUUCUACGGCUGGGGCCUCGGCGGGUUUCCGGCGCGGCCGUACGGCCUCGCCAACAGCCGGCUCGACUACGAGCCGCCCGUCGCGAGCGCCGCCGAGCUCAGGGUCGAGAGCGUCGGCAACGAGACGCUGGCCAGGCGCAACUGCUACCGCCAGGUCGAGCCGGCGCGGCAGCUGCCCAAGGUGGCGAGCGUGCCGUACGUGGCGCUGACGGGCGAGGCGAGCGUGCACAUCACGUACGACCACUGCAUCAUCGACUACCUCAAGCAGGUCGGCGGCAAGCCCGAGUGGAUCAAGCUCGCGGACCUCGGCAUCAGGGGCAACGGUCACUUUCUGCACCAGGAGCGCAACAGCGAGGAGAUUGCCGACGUGGUGCUGCAGUGGAUCAACAAGGCCGACGGCAAGGGCAAGGCGACACGGUGA